UCUUUCUCCUCCUUCUUUCCUUCUAUGUAAUCAGAGUGUUCCUUUGGGGCCUUCUCUUAUCAUUUUCUUCGUCGUCUUGUUUUGCCCUCUAGGUAUCCAGCAUGGAUGAUGACCAAAGCACCAGUGGCCAGUCUGAACAGCAACAAUCGCCUUCUACAAACAACCCUGAAGAUCUGCCUUCUCAGAAUGGCUUCGGGAGAGCAAGUGAGGCACUACUCCCUCAGUCCCCUGAGAACACAGCCCAGGCUCAGCCUGAAAUAAAGCUCUGUGAUCUAUCUGAGGAGCUGAGUCAACAGCUGGAAGACAUCAUUAAAACCUACGGGUCAGCUGCCUGUCUGGUGGAGGAAGGGAAUACGAAAGCAACAGACGGAGCUGAGAAAGGCGAAUCGUUCAGUCCCGAAGAUGGGGACUAUGAGGAUGGCCAUGAUGAGGCUGAGAAAGAACAGGUCCCUUUGGGGGAUGCCUCUGGAUUAAAGGAGGCCAGUAUUCCGAAAGAACAAAAACUGGAAAAGAAAAUCCUGAAAGGAUUAGGAAAAGAGGCUACCCUGCUGAUACAACAUCUGACGAAGCUGAAUACAUCAGAAGAGAAAUUGGAAUUCUUAUUUAAGAAGUAUGCCGAACUGUUGGAAGAACAUCGUUCUGAAGUAAAAAAGCUGAAGUAUCUGCAGAAAAAACAGGUUCAGCUCCUGAAGGAGAAAGACCAAUUACAGAGUGAACACAGCAGAGCCAUUCUAGCCCGGAGCAAAUUGGAGAGUCUUUGUAGGGAACUCCAAAGACACAACAAAACCUUGAAGGAGGAGACUCUUCAACGAGCAAGAGAAGAAGAAGAAAAGAGGAAAGAAAUCACGAAUCAUUUCCAGAGCACACUGAAUGAUAUCCAGGCACAGAUUGAGCAACAAAGUGAGAGGAACAUGAAGUUGUGCCAGGAAAAUUCUGAGCUGGCUGAGAAACUGAAAAGCAUCAUUGAUCAGUAUGAAGUCAGAGAGGAGCAUCUUGAUAAAAUAUUUAAGCACCGGGAACUUCAGCAGAAACUGGUAGAUGCCAAGUUAGAACAGUCACAAGAGGUCAUGAAGGAAACUGAAGACAGACAUCAGCGAGAAAAGGAAUAUCUACUCAACCAAGCUGCAGAAUGGAAACUACAGACAAAAAUGCUGAAAGAACAAGAGACCGUUCUCCGGGCUCAGCUGAGUCUCUAUUCUGAACGUUUUGAGGAAUUUCAGAAAACGCUAACAAAAAGCAAUGAAGUGUUUGCCAACUUCAAGCAAGAAAUGGACAAGAUGACAAAGAAAAUGAAAAAACUGGAAAAGGAUACAGCCACGUGGAAAGCAAGGUUUGAGAACUGUAACAAAGCUUUACUGGACAUGAUUGAAGAGAAAGCCAUGAGGGCCAAGGAAUAUGAAUGCUUUGUAGUGAAAAUUCAAAGACUAGAAAAUCUUUGCAGAGCUCUGCAGGAGGAACGGAACGUAUUGUAUAAAAAAAUAAAAGAAGCACAAUUCCCUGAAGAGAACAAAGAAGAGGAAGCAGAAGAAGAUGAGGAGGAGGAAGAACAGCAAGUUGAAGUGGAGGAUAGUCUGGAGAAUAAGACAACAGUUACAAGUCAGGCUAUUGAUGAGCCAUCUGCCACCAGUGAAAUUAUCCCAAAAGAUUUGGCUACAGCUUUCAUGAUGACUCAUGUGAAUAUGCCUGUGAUCCCAACCAAUGAAGAAAAAGUGGAAGAACUACAUGAUCCCAAAGUAUGUGACCCAAUUUGUCCUCCUGAGAUAUUGGCUUCUUGCAUGCCACAAGGCAACCAGGACUGCUGUAUUGAUCCAACAUCCAUGCCCAAAGCACAGGAACCAGAGGGAGACACAGUAAAACUUGGUCCAGAUCAUCCAGUGUUGAAGCUCUCAAAUACUGACAUGGAAGAUAUUGAUUAGCAUGAUAUAAUGAUGCAUUUUCCCCCAAAAUGACAUUCUCCAACCCUUUCCUAAACAUUGUUUUUCAUAAUAAUAUGGCUUUACAAGUGCUUUCAAACCUUCAAUUUCAUAGAAUACAUACUGUUGUAUCCCAUGAUUACUGGUGGUGUUUGAAUUUGCUUUAUCUCUCAUUCAGAUAAAGCCAAGAGCUUCUCUAUCAUUUAGUAGAAAUUAUUAAAUUAAAUUAAAUUAAAUUAAAUUAAAUUAAAUUAAAUUAUUAAAUUAAAUUAAAUUAAAUUAAAUUAAAUUAAAUUAGAAAUUAAGAGUUGUCAUUUCCACUGGAAGUUUUAAAAAAUGGAUAAGUCCUCCUAUGGGAAGCCUACUCUCAAAAUGCUCCAAAUAAACUAAAUAAAUAGUUUGUUUAUUAUUAAAUAAAUAAAUAGGGAAAGGGAGGAGCUAAGGGUGCUUGAGACAGCAAAAGCUAGCAAGCCUUAGGGAUAAAACUAAAAUGAAUUUAAAAGUAGUAAAAUAUAGUGCCAGAGUAGCAAACCCUAAACUACUGAUCAUAUAUGUAACAAUUAUUCAAUCGGUAUUUCUGGUUUUUUAUUUUCAAACAAAUUUGCUUAGUUAAAUUGACAAAUUUAGUCAAUCUUACUUAUUUGAUCUAUCCAGGGACUGGGAUACCAAAUAAUAAAUAAAUAAUCACUAUCAGCAAUCUAUCAACUGGUACAGAGAUUUAUACUCAUGUGGAAUAUAAACCAAAAAAAUCAUAGAUAAAUUGGGUUCAUUUAUUAUGUAAAUUAGUAAGGCUAGAAUUUAAAGUUCAAACAUUUGAAGCUUAAAUCGGGUAUGAUUAAAAAGAAAUAGCUUCAGUUAUUUGUGCUGCUAAAACCUGAACUCCUUCCUACUACCUCUAGUAUUUCAAACAUAAGGCAUCUUGACCUAAUUACCUAACAGUACGCCUUAUAAUUUUCUGCUACUUUCAUCAUAGUUAAGUCUUUGGAAAUGUUCUGGAUUUCUGAAAACAAAUGUUUUUGUUUUAAAUUUAUAUGCCUUAUGUUGGGAUCUGGUAUGAAGUGAUCUGUCAUAUGCUUUCUGAUAUAGAAUGACAGUGUUAACGCUGAUCCAUGUCCAAGUUUAGAAUGGCUGUAUUUGCAUUUAAGAUUACAUCUUUAGUCAUAAAAUUUGACUUGAAAAAUAAACUAAAUUUGGAAAUCUUUCAA